AUGGGUACAAUUGCUUCCACAUUUAAUUCAACAGCUGUAACCUCAGAAUCGAGUCCUACGGAUAUGCGUAUUGGAGUUAAAGGUUGGAAACGUAUUAAACAACAUCUUAAAAAAACAUUUAUAGAAGCUGUUCAGCAAAGUAACUUGAUUUUUUUAAAGGCUUGUUUAAAUCUUGGUGUAGAUAUUAAUGUUGAUAUUGAAGAUGGUGACACAGCUUUGCAUUUAGCUGCAGAAAAAUGCGAUAUGCCGGUUUUGAAAUAUCUAUUAACAUCUCCUAAAGUGGAUAUCAACAGAAAAAACAAUACGGGACUUACUCCAUUAAUGAAAGCUUGUAUUUUUAAUUGUAGGGAAGUUGUUCAACUAUUACUGAGAUAUGGAGCUAAUCCUAACUCGUAUUCGGAUGACGGGAAUAGACCAUUACAUUUCGCUUGUGCCAGAAGUAAUAUGGGGAUUGUUUUCGAUUUGGUCCAGCAUGGAGCUAUCGUUAACGUAAGAAACGUAUUUGAUAGUACCCCUCUAAGUAUUUCUGUGACAGAUCAUCCGUCAUUACCUAUCGCUAAAUAUAUUUUGAAAAAAGGAGCAUAUAAGCACGGUAACAAGGAAUUUCCGUUACUUCUAGAAUGUGCAUUGUGCUGUAACAGUCUUAAGAGACUUCAUAUAUUCAAAAUGCUAGUAGACAGAGGAAUGGAUAUUCAUCAAGUUCAUCCGAUAGAAAAACGCAAUUGUCUACAUUACGUCGCGAUAAGUUCUUAUCUUCCUUUGGUAAAUUAUAUUCUUACAUUGAAUGUAGACAGUGAUUUGACUGUCCGUGAUGCUAGUGGAAGAACGCCACCAGAAAUAGCUGUAAUUCAUGGUAACUACACAGUUUACCAUUUGUUCAGAUAUUACCAUUAUCGUAUACUGAAAGAAAGAAAUAAUAGCGUAACGACAAAUGAUAAGAACACAAAUACAUCUCCUAAUCUAACACGAACUUCUAGCAGAAUUAAAGUUAAAGUCCUUCAAAACAAUAUUAUUGUUGUUAAUAUUUAA